GGCCUCGUUUUUUUUGUGUUCUUUACUUACAUUACCUUUUUUCUUUUUUUCUUUUUUUCUUACAACAUGUCUGACACACCUAAAGAAUGUCCAGUAGACCAUAGUGCACCAAAGGAGUGUCCCGUUGACCAUAAGAAGGUUGAAGAACCUACUUGUCCUGUCGAUCAUAAUUCAUAUAAGAACUUCCUUCCUCCAACUGCAGACGAACAAUCACAAACUUGUCCUGUCGACCCAGCAACUUACAAAAACUUCUUACCUGCCUCAAAAGAAGGCUGUGAUUCGGAUGCCAUCGAUAGCACGAAUAACAUGCCUAAAGUUUCAGAACAAAACGCUCACGCCGAUCAAAAAAUUGCUCUUGCUAAGGAAAGAGAAACCUCAACGAUUCCUCGCGCCAAUUCCGACGACAAGUUAUGGGUCUACCCUUCUGAGCAGAUGUUUUUUAACGCUAUGAGACGUAAGAACUGGAGUCCCGAGGAAGAAGACAUGCAAGUUGUUGUACCCAUUCAUAACGCUGUGAAUGAAAUGGCAUGGCAGAAAAUUUUAGAAUGGGAAAAAAUGCAUCAGACCGAGUGCAACCAACCCAUGCUGUUAAAGUUUGAAGGGCGUCCUAAAGAUAUCACACCUAAAGCUCGCAUUAGAUCUUGGUUUGGUUACAAACUUCCAUUUGAUCGUCACGAUUGGGUAGUGGAUAGAUGCGGAGAGAAAGUUACAUACGUGAUUGAUUUUUACUCUGGAAAGCAGGAUCCAAAGAAACCUAUGUCUCUUAGUUUCUACUUGGAUGUUCGCCCUGCAGUAUCUCCAUCCGGUAUGUGGGAUAGAUUAAGAAUGUCAUUUAGAAAGGGAGAGUUCAUGUAAACCUUUUACCCAAUAAAAACCAACCUAUUUAUAUCUGUAAGCUCAAAUUGAGUUUAUAGUAGCUAUUAAA